AUGUUCCGUCUUGCCAGAGCUUCCUCGAAAGUGCUGUCCACGCUGACAGCUACCGCACCACGAUGCAUCUCUGGUCCGGCAAACACGCUAGAAGUGCGAAAGAAAAUUGAAGACACCCGUGAGAAAAUCCAGCUGGGUGGUGGACAAAAACGGAUCGAUGCGCAGCACAAGCGAGGAAAACUAACCGCUCGUGAACGCAUUGAGUUGAUGGCCGAUCCUGGAACAUUUGUGGAAUUCGAUGCUUUCAUGGAACAUGAUUGUUACGAUUUCGGAAUGCAGAAUCAAAAAAUCACAGGCGAUAGUGUUGUGACUGGUCAUUGUAAAGUAAACGGUCGGACGGUGUAUUUAUUCAGUCAAGACUUCACAGUGUUCGGUGGCAGUCUGAGCAUGGUACAUGCCCGCAAGAUCUGCAAAGUUAUGGAUCAGGCAAUGCUUGUGGGUGCUCCGGUCGUUGGUCUAAAUGAUUCCGGAGGAGCUCGUAUUCAGGAAGGUGUGGCCUCGUUGGCCGGUUAUGCAGACAUAUUCCAGCGUAACGUAAAUGCCUCGGGUGUGAUACCGCAAAUUUCGCUUAUUCUUGGUCCGUGUGCCGGUGGUGCAGUGUACUCGCCCGCACUGACUGAUUUCAUUUUCAUGGUUAAAGAUACAUCAUAUCUGUUUAUUACGGGUCCAGAUGUGGUGAAAUCGGUGACCAACGAGGAUGUCACUCAGGAAGAAUUGGGUGGUUCUAAGACCCAUACAUCUGUCUCUGGUGUGGCUCAUAGAGCCUUCGAUAAUGACGUAGAUGCGUUACUGUCUCUACGCGACUUCCUCACAUACCUACCUUCUUCAAACCUCCACCCGGUUCCCCCAAUUCGUGAGUGUCAUGAUCCGGUGGAUCGUUUGGUUCCCGCAUUGAGUACAGUUGUUCCCCUGGAACCGACGNCGACGAGUGCCUACGAUAUGUAUGAAGUGAUUUGGAAUACUGUGGAUGAAAGAGAAUUCUUUGAAAUCAUGCCAUCCUAUGCCAAAAAUAUCAUCGUCGGAUUUGCCCGUCUCGGUGGCCGUACGGUCGGCAUCGUGGCUAACCAGCCGCGUGUCUCGGCUGGCUGUCUGGAUAUCAACGCAUCUGUUAAAGGAGCUCGGUUCGUUCGAUUCUGCGAUGCUUUCAACAUCCCUCUUAUUACGUUUGUGGAUGUACCCGGAUUCUUGCCCGGUACCAGUCAAGAAUACGGUGGAAUCAUUCGACAUGGUGCUAAGCUAAUUUUCGCAUACGCCGAAGCCACCGUUCCAAAAUUGACGGUGAUCACCAGAAAGGCUUACGGUGGAGCCUAUUGUGUGAUGAGCUCGAAGCACCUUCGGGGAGAUAUCAAUUAUGCCUGGCCUACUGCUGAGGUCGCCGUCAUGGGAGCCAAAGGUGCGGUCCAGAUCAUUUUCCGCGGUAAGGAAAACCAGGCUCAAGCGGAAGACGACUACAUUCGUGCCUUUGCUAAUCCUUUCCCGGCCGCCACUCGAGGAUUUGUCGAUGACGUGAUUGAUCCGCAACUGACUCGAAUGCGAUUGUGUCGCGAUUUGGAAAUGCUAGAAACCAAGAAACUGCCGAACCCAUGGAAGAAACAUGCUAACAUGCCUCUGUGA